AUGAGAAAUAACUUGGCGGAAGAUGUUCUGGACAAAAAGAUGCUCUUUUUAAUGAAAGUACGUGUGUAUGACAAAAACUAAUAACGUAAUUUCAUAUUUUGAAUAAUCAAAAUAACCUAUAAUUUGCAUAGCUAUAGGACAAUUAGUAUGAACUGUUUAUUCAAUCAUUACUUCUAUAUAAAUAUGUAUAGGCUUACAAGAAUCAUUUGGAAUGCUCUGAAAACCAAGAACAUGCGUCGCGACUGAAUGGGAGCAUCAUGUUCUUACAGCAUACCAGUUUUAUGGUAGAAUUCUUCUCAAGCAAACAAGCAAUCUACGAGUUUGCUCUCUAUGUUGUCGUACUUCUCUAAGUGGAAGGCAAGUGUCUUGAAGAGUGACGAAUUUGUCUCGUUCAAACUAUGGUUUGAUUUACAAGCCAUGAUCUUGGGAAUGAUCUCUUUAGUGAAAAUCAAGCUGUCACAAUUUCCAGGAUCAAUCAUAAAACCAGCUGUUAUCAAUCAGGAUGUAGUUGAGAAUCAUUUUUGCCAAUUGAGGGCGGCAAACGGACAAAACGAGAAUCCUACCUACCUGCUGACUCAGGCAACCCAAAAUUCAAUCGUCUUUGGACAAAGAACCGUCAGCAAGAAAUGCAACACGGUUACAGAGCUGAAAAUUCAUCUUUCACGGAGUUACCGAAAGAGAAGUUGUUCUCUGCGAAAAACAAAUGUAAAAAUCAGAAGUCUAAAAUACGCCUGA